AUGGACGUACAAAAUUUUUUAUGUGCAAUUUUUGGUCCGGAAUAUGAAGCUGAAACCAAAUCAAAAUUAGUCAGUGCAUCCUAUUCGAAUGAUUUACACAAUUUGGAAGCAUGGAUUGAUAGUUAUCUCCGGAUAAAAUCUGAUUAUGAAAAAGAGGAACAGGAGAAAGAUGAUCGUGACGGUCGCAUCGGUUAUCGUAAAGUAAAUUUACGAAUUAAAACACAAUAUGGUACGGUUACAAUGAACGAUGCACGGACCAGUAUUAUUGCACAAUCGAAUACGGCCACCGUUUGUGGAGAUUGUGUUGUGUGUCGUGGUAAAUGGAUGUAUGAAGUUCAAUUGAAGUCACGUGGUUCGAUGCGAAUUGGAUGGUUAAAGCAUGGGCAAAAAUGUACACGCGAUAAAGGAGUUGGAGAUGUUUAUGGAUCGUAUGGUUUUGAUGGAAAUCAAAAACGUUUAAUUACUAGUGGAAGUAUACGAAUGUAUGGCGAAACAUGGCACACGGGUGAUAUACUUGGUGUAUUUAUUGAUUUUCAACGACAAAUUGUGGAAUAUUCCAUGAAUGGAAGAUCAUUUGGAUGUGUUGGAAUUGAUAAUGUACAAUUUGUUUAUCCAGCAAUGACUUUGACCAAAUAUGAAUCAGUUUAUGUAAAUUUUGGUCGUGAACCAUUUUGUUAUCCAAAAUCUGAUUAUGAGCCAUUACAACGUCCGACAGUUGGACGAAUUAAACAAGGACAAUAUUUUACGAAAUGGAUUGGUGCAACAUUAAAUAUUAUGGAUAAAACUGAUCCAAAACAAAUGUGCGGUGAUAUAAGUGUUGAAAGUUUAAUAAAUGAAAUAUUUAAAAUUUUUGAAAUAUUCUUUACCGAUUUAAUACAUGAUAGUUAUGUAAUGACCACAAAUAUUAUUCCAUUAUUAUUGAAAUUAAUUAAAACACGUAAAUCUAGUCAACAAGUGAUGAAUUUUUUAAAUUUCCUGUGGGAUUUUAUGAAUACGGAUACAUUAACAUAUACGUUACGUGUAAUUUUUGAACGUUUACGAUUAAGUUUUCGUGAGGCUGCUGUUAAUUUAGAUUAUACAGAGCAAAAGAAUGCGCUACUCUUGAUUCGUGAAUUAUUAAAACAUCGUCCAACACGAUUAUUCGCCAUCAAAUAUAUAUUCUUUGAUCGAUGCGAUUUUGGAUACUUUUUCCAUGUAAAACCAUUGGAUGAUUAUUGUAUGGCUAAAGAGAUACCACACGUAUGGUGGGAAAAGAAAUCCGUGUGGAUGGAAGAUAAGAAAAAAAUGUACGAUGAACAUGGUCAACGGAUGUAUGAGUCUUUACAUGAAAUUGAAUUGUUACAGAAUACAAUAAUAUCAUUAUUAAUGACAAAUAACGAUGGAAAUGCUAUCGAACCGUCUACAAGAAUCAUGUUUUUAAGUGAACUGCGUGAUUUUGCAAUUAUCCAGAAAUUUAGUUCACAUCUUGGAUUAAAUUUAGAUAUGCCACCCCCCGUUGCAUUAACAACUUUCUUUAAACUCUUAUAUAUUUUUGAUAGUUACACGCAUGGGUUAAAAAUUGAAGACAUAAUUCCAUGUAACAUUUUUUACGAUGAAACAAUUUCUUAUGAGUUUUGUGAUCGUUUGGGUGGCUUAGAAGAUUAUUUACGGUCAACAUUACGGUCAGAAAUACAAACCGCAGAUGAAAGUCAACCAAAAACAACUGCAGAUAAUAUUAUUAAAGAUCAAAGGAUUGAUCCAAAAGAUCUAACCAGUUCAAUUAUAUCCGUGCAACCGCCUGUAAAUGCAAUAGCAAUGUCAGCGAAAAUUUCAUUUAAAUUAGAAAAAGAUCGUGAAAAAUUUUUUAGCUUACCACGACAAGCACCCGUGAAAGAAGCGGCAAAAGCAAAACAAGUGGAAAAAAUUAAAUCAAUGCCUCCAUUAGCUUCGAAUUUACCUGAAACUGGUUUACAGCCCAGAGAAAGUGCCGCAAAUCGUGUUGGAUUAAUGGUUAUUCCAGAAGCCCAGGCUACUAGUCAUGGUUCAGCAUUAGAGCAAAUAAUUAUCAGUCCCAGGAAUCAAGCUCGCAGUACUGCAGGGGUUGGAUAUAAUAUUGGAGCAAUUUCUCCAUCGACAAGAACUUCGACCAGUAGUGGUAGUCGAACAUCAUCAACGACUCGAUUUAUUUCUCAAUUGAAUACAACUGUUCCUUUGCAUGAGAUGAACAGCGCUGAUGCCAUCAAUGUAUUAACUUCACGUUUGAGUACUCAAAAUCAAGAUCAAAUCGCUACAUCAAUUCCAACCGCCUUAACACCGAUUAAUGAAUCUGUUACAGAUCCGAUUACAAUUAUUUCACCAAAUGGAACAAUUUCGAGUGAUUCACACGAUAUAAUACUUCAACAAUCGUUACCCGUAUCAAACACUUCAACAUUGGGCGGCACCGGUGCUUUAAAUACCUCAACAUUGGUCCUAAAUCGGUCCAUACCAACCACAAGUACUACGCAAGAACCAGCUAAUGAAUUCAUUUCGGUUGCAUUAAGGGAUUUGUUACCAGUACGAAGUGUUCCCAGUGGACAAAAUUUAGUUGAUGAACUUUUAAAGAUGCCAACUGGACGAACUAAUGGCGUUGUUGAUGAAAAACGAUCCAAUGUGGAACUCUUGGAUGUAAUUCUAUUUAUUUUCAAUGUUAUUGCCAAAAAACAAAUACAAAAGGUAAGCACCCCAAAAUACUACCCAAAAAUAGCAGAAAUCUAUUUGCGUUUUGAAAGUCAUGAAAGUGCCUGGAACGAUUUGAAAUAUCAAGAGAAAACACUAAUUCGAACUUCUGCACCGGAAUUAGGCGGUUCUACAACGUUACAGAUUGAUCCGUUCGAUUUAUAUGCAUUUUCUGAGGAAGGUUCAGCAACAGAUUAUGGGAAAUUAUCAAAAAAAUGGGGUAAAUUAUUAGCCAGAAAAUCUGGAAGUCAAUCACCAACGAAAAUUCCCAAUCAAGUACCACUGGAGUACGCUCGAUAUACAACGGAUAUAAAGGAUCGUAAACAGGUGGCCUUUGAAGUGAUUUCUGGAUCACUUGCAGGACAUGAAAAAAUUUUAAGUGAAUUAGCACGUGAUAAACUUUGGGUGCGUAAUGUUGUAUUAACUGGUGAACGAGUAAAUCGUAUAUUCCGUUUAUUAGGCCGUUUAUGUGAAUUAUUAAUUCAUGAAAGUCAAAAAGGACAAUUAUUUAGUUUUUUACCUGAUUUUUAUUUAUUAGUCGUUGAGGCUUUGGUAACAAGCCUUUAUUUGCAUUUACCAACUGUAUAUGAUUUGGAACACGAAUUCUAUACAGUGAGCCAAGACGCUUUGGAACAGGUUAAAAUACUUUUAAUGGAAUUACAUGGAGAUGAUCGAUUAGUUAAAGAAGAUUGUAAAGAUGCAUUAGAUCGAAUAUUUGCGACACUUGUUCAUACAAAAUAUACAUUAAAAUCUUUAGAAAAGAUUCCUGAUGCAAGAAAAGAAAAGUUAAUAUUGAAUUUAAUAAAAUCAUAUAAUGUUAAACGUAAUGUGGCAGCCAAUUGGAUUUUGGUACGCAUCUGGCAUGGACGAGGUUUUGCAUUCCGUUAUUCUUCAAUGCCAAAUGUUGCACCAACAAUUAAUAAAUGGAUGCAUUUGAACAUUAAUUAUUCUUUAUCAAAUAUAAAUCCAAACCCGUCCAUAAUAUUUCAACAAACAUUACUCAAUGUUUUAUAUUCGAAUACAACGGAUGCAUCACAAUUUUUCAACAAUAUCUUGAAUAAUAUGAAUUGGGCAUGUUCGGAAUUUUUAAAUAUGUUACAAGAAGUGAAACAGGUCGCUGUUAAAAAGGAGCCAGUGAUUGUUGAACCACAUACAUUACAUUUAAUAUCAGCAUGUUAUGAUUUUGCUGUUGGAAUGGUUCGUGUCGUUGAAAUGGUGAUCGUUUUAACGAAUGGUAUUAUUAUUCAAAAUGAUGCACAAAAUAAUGAAGUUUUAAUAUCACGAUUAUUACAAACUGUUUGUUUAACAAUGUCUCGUUUAACUGAAGAAAAAGGAUGUUUUCGAAUUUUCUUAGAUAUGGAAAUGGCUUCCGCUGAAACAAUUCAAUCAUUUCCAUUAGUCGCAGGAUUGGUUGGUGUCUUAAUUGGCUUAUUUAAAAAAGACAUAGAAGACUUUAAACGUGGUAUUAAUGAAGAGCCAUCAUUAUUAAUUCGAACAUUGUAUAAAGAUUGUUUAGAUCAUGUCGAUGCAUUAGACAAUAUCAUUAAUUCAAAAUCAGAUUUUCGACUUGUUAAUAAUCCAUUAUACAUGAAUUACAUUAAUAAAGAUGAACAAAAGAAGAUUCUAUUAUUUAUAAAAAUGAUCCAACAUUAUAAACAUUCGUUGAGUAAUGUUGCAUUGCCUGAUGAAGAACAUAUUUGUAUUAUUUGUUACUCCAAUGUCAAAGAUGUUUAUUUUGAGCCGUGCAAACAUGAAUCAUGUCUGAUCUGUGUAAAACAAUUAUUAAUGGACACCCGUUUAUGUUUCUUUUGUAAAACACCAAUCAAAGAUGUUUAUAAGAAAACUGGUGAACUAAUUGCAGAACUAACAGAACGUGAAGAUAAUGUGAAUAUGCUCAGUCAACAAACUGCUAAUGAUCAGAACGAAUUCGAUUUUUAUUAA